GUUUGAUUCGCCCGGAUACAGCAUACUUGACCUUAGACAUGAGGUCUGAAUUCCGGUCUACUCACGUUAAUUGAUGUCUGAAUCUAGAGUUCAGGUUAUUAGCCCGGUUAAAAGCUUUUUAGCUGGUGGGUUCGGUGGAGCAUGUUGCAUUGCAAUUGGUCACCCUUUCGACACAAUAAAGUUCUAAUUUGAUCGAUAUACACAUUAGUUUUGUCGUCCCCAUGUUAGCUAAAAUUAUUACAGAUAUAGCAUUUCUGUCUUUUUAAAAACGGAUGUAUGGCUCGUAGUACAUUUGUAUCAGUCCUAUUAUUUAUUUAGUAGUCAGAGAUAGGUAUUAUUUGAAAAGUAUAUCUAAUACUCAGAUUACUAAAUAUUUAUUUCCACCUCACUCCUGCAAACGCAUUUUUUCACAGCUUGUGAUAGUCGUGGUUUCAUUUCUAUACCUGUUUUACCUACCAUAGUUCUUGUUAAUCAUAUGUCCUAUCACUUCUCAGUACUCAGGUAACCAUUACUUUCGCGUUCGAUGGUCUGUGGUAUAAUUUUAUGUGGAGCAUUCCUAGGUAGUGCUCAUUGAUUUUAACUUUCCUAAAUCAUAAUGCGACCACAGUAGUUUGAUUCAUUUACACUAACGCUUUACAGUCUAUUAAAUUUACUCGUCGCAGCGUAAAAAUUCGUAUUUUUAAAAUACCAGUAUAUUUGUUAAAGAUAUCGUACAUACAAGAGGAAUUCUUAUGCUUAGUAUAGUUCUAAAAAAUGCUUAUAAUAUGAAUAGAUUCUUAGUCGUGCCAGUUGCGUUCUUUAUAAGAUUGUCCUAUGACAUCUAGAUUAUAGGCUCUGGGGUGAUUCGUUAUUUCAGAGGCUUUGACAUCAAGCUUAGACCGUUUAAAAGUUUUCUCUUCCUUUUUACGUUAAAAUAUCCAAAUUACUGACAAUUAACCGGAUCGCGUAACCUGAGUAUUCUGUCUAGCUGAUGGUGUUCUGUUUGUUAUUUGAUUUCAUAUUGUUUCCUAUAUUUCGCUAACUUUCCACCACCUGUUUUCCGGCGGUUUUUUAAUCUCGGCGAAGUAUAUUACCAUAAUCAGUCAUAAUGUUCAUUCGAGCAAACCUAUUUAAAAUAUGAUUUUGUAUAGGAAUUCAUGAUUAGUAGAAAUCCUAUAGAUGCUAUUCUGCCUGUAAGUUAUCAAGUUGUUUUCUUAGGUUCGACUUCAAACAAUGCCUCACGUAACAUCAGGAACAGCGCCUUUGUAUUAUGGGACUUUUGACUGUGUAAAGAAAACUGUAGCGGCUGAUGGUAUCUUUGGACUUUAUAAGGGGAUGGGGGCACCCUUAGCCGGAGUGGCUCCUGUAUUCGCCAUUUGCUUUUUUGGGUACAAUUUAGGUAAGCAGCUUUUUGCCAAGGAUCCAAUGGAUUUAAGGAAACAUGAAAUUUUGUUUGCGGGAAUGUUCUCUGGCAUUUUUUCAACUGCAAUCUUGGCUCCGGGAGAGCGUAUAAAAUGCCUAUUACAAGUUCAGUCGAAUGCAAUUGGACCUUUGAAGUAUAGUGGACCGGUUGAUGUUCUUCGUCAGUUGUAUCGCGAAGGUGGGAUUCGAAGCAUUUUCAAGGGAACAGCUGCAACACUUCUGCGAGAUGUCCCUGCAUCUGGAGUGUAUUUUCUGAGUUAUGAAUUAAUGAAAGAUGCAUUAAGGAAUCCACACUCAAAGAAUAAUGAAUUGAGUGUUGGUAAAACUCUCUUUGCCGGUGGUAUGGCAGGUAUCUUCAACUGGCUAGUAGCUAUUCCUCCCGAUGUUUUAAAAUCUCGUCUACAGAGUGCUUCUGAGGGUGUUUAUCCCAAUGGAAUUCGGUCGGUAUUCUCUGAACUUAUUGCAAAAGAAGGCUUUUUGGGAUUGUAUCGGGGUAUGACUCCGGUGAUGCUUCGAGCAUUUCCUGCAAAUGCUGCAUGCUUUCUCGGUUACGAAGUUGCAUUGAAGUUUCUGGAUUAUGCAUUCCCUGGUCUGUGAUAAUGUUUCGGUGUGAUUAUCUUAAUACAUUUGUCAAUUGAUUUUGAAGUCGGGUUACUUUGAUUUCUAUUUACAGAGUGGAUUAUUAUCUUCCGUUCAUGUACAUUUUUGCUUAAAAAUUUAUCAAGAUCAGUAUUAUCAUUGAGAAACAUUGCCAUUCUGUAGAUUGCAAUUUCGAAAUUUAAUUUUACUAGCUACUGUAAAAUAUUUUUCAAUUAAUUGAUCUAUGAUAAUUUA